AUAUUCGCUGACUAUGCCAAGUUCUUUGAAUAAUAAUAAAACACUUUGCACUUUUUUGCAACAUGUUUUUCACACAUUUUCAAUAUUUACAAUAUGCAUUUCCAAUAUGUAUGCGAGUGUGUGUGUGUGUGUCUGAUAGGUGCUUGCUAACAGCACUUGUCGCUACAGCUUAAGACUAUAUGGGGGAUCAUUUGCUUGUUUAACAAUAUAUUAUUGCAUUUACAUGUGGUCAAAAUCCUGGUUACAUUGCAAAUUGCGUUUCUAUAUGUGUAAAAAAAAACCAGCCAGGGCUUUGUCAAUCCACUGCUGGAUGAAGGUUUCCCUACAUUGUGUGUUUCAUAGCGGGGGUUGGUGGACCAUAUUUCACCACACUUGUCAGCACAGGCUGAUGAAGUGGGAUGUGGCACCCGGCCAGAGCCGUCCUCUAGGGUAACGGUGAAUCGUGGGUGAGCGUCCCGGGCCCUGCGCUUUGCGGGGCUCCACGCCUCGACGUCACGGUGUCAGAUGCAAUAAUCCCGGUUUAGUUUGAAGGUAUCGGGGUGGGUGGGGGGGGUGCACAUAGAGUUGAGUUGCCCCGGCCCCCCCCCCUCCACCAUGGACGGUCUUGGAGCCAGCACCGGUUCAGAUAUCGCUCGUCACCAUUGUUCGCCGUGACCGGUAAUCGAACUCAAGUUGCCAGGUUCAUAGUGGACUUCACUGACCGAUGUGCCACCGCUCCGCAGCGCGGAUAUAUGUGGCCUGAAAUAUUAUUGUAUUUUCAUGCUCUAUAAUGUAUUUGUAUUUUGUCAGUAAACUAAGUUGACGAGUGAUGGCCAGCUAAGUUUGGCUCACACUCGCCCACGGUCGGGUUUAAGUGUUCAGCACAUGUUUAAUUUAUAAAAUUCCAAAUAUAACGCAGAUGCUUGAAAUUGUUGACGAUUUCAUCAAACAAUAACAACUUCCAUUCGGGUUAAUUUUGCUAUUUUUUUUUCAAAUUGAAGAAGAUUCGUUUUUUAAUGUAAUGUUACAAGUAGAAUGAUAACACGGAUAUAACAUUACAACAAGUAUACAGUGAUACAUAUUUGAACUUCUCCAAAAUUAUGAUUACUUUGAACGAAUUCUUCCAUUGAGGAAUAUCCUAUGAUUUACAGCUAUGGCUUGGAUUAAAAUCUAUUCAUAGAUUUAAAACAAUAUAUCCAGACCCAGCUUGAAGAACUGGUCUUUGAUGUGCCUUUUUUUGGGGGUCACAUUUUCAUGACUUUCAUAAAUGCUUGUGAUAUUACAAAAAGUGAACAGUACUGGAACAGUGGUUCCAGCAAGGGGCAGCAGGUACCAAAAUGAGAUUUCAUCAAAGACCCCUGCAAACGUGUGGAGGAUAGUAAGCCCUCGUGGAAUAGCCACUGUGGUAACUCACGUUUGAACUGCUUGCCGCCGGGUGUAUAAAAGGAAUGCUACUUUAUCUUCGGCGUUCUCUCGAGCGAGAAGCACAUCGGAGUAUUCCAAUAUUUUUUUUUCUCUAAUACGUCCCCAAUUGUAUCCCGUUUCACGCUGCCGGCAUCAUGUCACGAAUGGCAGUGUCCGUUCGGAACUCUCACAGAGCAGUGCAACCCUUGGUGUCGGAGAAGGGCCCACGGAAGCAGAUAUGACAAAGCUACCUCUGAGAUCCCUUGAAGUGACCUGUUCCACACAGUCGACGACAGCGCUCUCCCACUCGCUCGGCAUCUGAGACUAACAUGUUAAAUGAUGCUGAUAUGUGGAUAUAGUUCCGCUUAUAUAUGCUCGUAUUAUGCUUAAACGCACAGUCAUCCAGAGUAAUGCAUAAUCAUCGUUCUUUUUUUGUAUUUAACAGUGGAGCGUGUUUGCAAAUAACAUGUGCAGCAUUGGUUUUAACAAGCCUGACUGGCUGAUGAGACCUCGAAAGUCAAAACUGCUGCAGAGAUUGCUUGCUUAAACAAUUCUGCUGGAUCAUAUUGGCUUAAAAGCCAAUAGGCUGACGGACUAAAACAUGUUUUUGAAUCUAUAUUUGGAGAUGGAGAAUUAAGUUUUGCUUGUAUUUGCUUUUAACCAAUGCAAUGUCUUUCAAACCUUCACAUAUGAGUUUUUUUUAUGCACGUAAAUGUUUCCCUUUUGUCGCGUUCAAAACAGUCUGCAUUUCAUGUUGUGUUUUACAAAGUACACCAUGUUACCUUCGUGAUUAUGGACAGAAAGUACAUCCAUUGCUUUGGCAAUGCCUGAAUGUUUUCAAAUUACGACACACGUAACCGCAGCUAAGCUAAUACGGAUUAUAAUAGACAUACAAGGUGUGAAUGUUUAUUUUUUUAUAUAUGCAUUUCUCCCUUGCAAUACACCUUAUUGUCGUGUCUAGAAUGGAUUCUUGUUUUUUUUGUUGCAAUUUUAUUUUUUACAAAUGGAAAAAAAGGUCCAAUUGAAGGACUUUUUUUGUUUUACAAUAUCCUCCAUGGAAAUUGAAUGGAGCCACAGGAAGGCAGAUCUCACUUGAGUUUCACAGCUUUGUUUUAUUAAAUUCCUGAUGUAUUCAAUGUGAUGUGUGUAACAAACCCAAUACAGUGUUUGGGGGGGUGGGGGGUUGGGUGGGGGUUAGGAGACUUGAGAAUGCAGGAAAGACGAUCGCAGCUUGAACAUCGUCAAUUUUCCAUACAGCCUAUGCCACCUAUUGGUGGAACGCAUCUUUACACGGCACUUCAUUGCAUAAUAGCUGCUAAGGUUGUGUAAUGCUCUUAAUUGUAAUGGCUCUACAGUGCAAUUUUUGUUAUUUUGAAACGUUAUCUUAUUUUAGCCGACGACCGCACCACGGCUCAGCCCUGAGUUCAGUUCCCGACCGUGGUUUGCAUCGGUGGCGAGUGAUAUCUGAACUGGUUCUAGCCACCACGCUACUUUGCACUGACCAGCACUGACCAAAGUGGUAAAGUUUGGUCAAACCUCCCCCCGCCCCGAUAUCAUUCGCCAAAGGACUGUAGAGUAUUAUUUUACUGUAGCGUGCACGUUAACGUGUGGACGGUCUGUGAUAAAAAAAAAAAAAUUAUACAGCUCUUGAAUAUGUAGAAAUAGAUUAGAUAGCAAACCACUCGGUUUUGUUGAUGUGGUGAGGUUGAUUGCAUUUUAAAAUAACCCGACGUAUUGUGUAAAUGAAUUGUCCUCUUCAUUCUAAUACAAAACACCGCAGUCAUUCUAUUGGCCUACCAAUGGCACAUUCAGUUCCCGAAGGGGGUAUUUUUGUAAGUGUAACAAUGUGUAAGCAAUGUGAUAGGGAAAAGUUAUUAGCUUGUAUUGCAAGGUGUAAGCAGUGUGAUAGGGAAAAGUUAUUAGCUUGCAUUGCAAGGUGUAAGCAAUGUGAUAGGGAAACGUUAUUAGCUUGCAUUGCAAGGUGUAAGCAAUGUGAUAGGGAAACGUUAUUAGCUUGUAUUGCAAGGUGUAAGCAAUGUGAUGGGGAAAAGUUAUUAGCCUGCAUUGCAAGGUGUAAGCAAUGUGAUAGGGAAAAGUUAUUAGCUUGUAUUGCAAGGUGUAAGCAGUGUGAUAGGGAAAAGUUAUUAGCUUGCAUUGCACGGUGUAAGCAAUGUGAUAGGGAAAAGUUAUUAGCUUGUAUUGCAAGGUGUAAGCAAUGUGAUAGGGAAAAGUUAUUAGCUUGUAUUGCAAGGUGUAAUCAAUGUGAUAGGGAAAAGUUAUUAGCUUGCAUUGCAAGGUGUAAGCAAUGUGAUAGGGAAAAGUUAUUAGCUUGUAUUGCAAGGUGUAAGCAGUGUGAUAGGGAAAAGUUAUUAGCUUGCAUUGCAAGGUGUAAGCAAUGUGAUAGGGAAAAGUUAUUAGCUUGUAUUGCAAGGUGUAAGCAAUGUGAUAGGGAAAAGUUAUUAGCUUGCAUUGCAAGGUGUAAGCAAUGUGAUAGGGAAAAGUUAUUAGCUUGCAUUGCAAGGUGUAAGCAAUGUGAUAGGGAAAAGUUAUUAGCUUGCAUUGCAAGGUGUAAGCAAUGUGAUAGGGAAAAGUUAUUAGCUUGUAUUGCAAGGUGUAAGCAAUGUGAUAGGGAAAAGUUAUUAGCUUGCAUUGCAAGGUGUAAGCAAUGUGAUAGGGAAAAGUUAUUAGCUUGCAUUGCAAGGUGUAAGCAAUGUGAUAGGGAAACGUUAUUAGCCUGCAUUGCAAGGUGUAAGCAAUGUGAUAGGGAAAAGUUAUUAGCUUGUAUUGCAAGGUGUAAGCAGUGUGAUAGGGAAAAGUUAUUAGCUUGCAUUGCACGGUGUAAGCAAUGUGAUAGGGAAAAGUUAUUAGCUUGUAUUGCAAGGUGUAAGCAAUGUGAUAGGGAAAAGUUAUUAGCUUGUAUUGCAAGGUGUAAGCAAUGUGAUAGGGAAAAGUUAUUAGCUUGUAUUGCAAGGUGUAAGCAAUGUGAUAGGGAAAAGUUAUUAGCUUGUAUUGCAAGGUGUAAGCAGUGUGAUAGGGAAAAGUUAUUAGCUUGCAUUGCAAGGUGUAAGCAAUGUGAUAGGGAAAAGUUAUUAGCUUGCAUUGCAAGGUGUAAGCAAUGUGAUAGGGAAAAGUUAUUAGCUUGCAUUGCAAGGUGUAAGCAAUGUGAUAGGGAAAAGUUAUUAGCUUGUAUUGCAAGGUGUAAGCAAUGUGAUAGGGAAAAGUUAUUAGCUUGCAUUGCAAGGUGUAAGCAAUGUGAUAGGGAAAAGUUAUUAGCUUGUAUUGCAAGGUGUAAGCAGUGUGAUAGGGAAAAGUUAUUAGCUUGUAUUGCAAGGUGUAAGCAGUGUGAUAGGGAAAAGUUAUUAGCUUGCAUUGCAAGGUGUAAGCAAUGUGAUAGGGAAAAGUUAUUAGCUUGCAUUGCAAGGUGUAAGCAGUGUGAUAGGGAAAAGUUAUUAGCUUGUACUGCAAGGCGUGUUAUCAGGUCUUCAGUGCUUUUAAUCCCUUAAGUUGGGGUUCUCGCUCUUAUUAGGCGCAGUACAUUACCGUAGUUUUUCUCUUUUUAUACAAAGUGCGUUGCUGUGCUUUAAAGAAGCCUUUUAAAAUUAUAUAAGACACUGAUUUGCAGCUCCGCACCCAAUUUCCAUGGCAAAUAUUUUGUAGCUUCGAAAAUAUUUACAUAAUUGUGAUUGCAAGCGCGUGCCAAUUCAAUAUUUACACUACAAUGGUUUAUAGCUUAGCAAUAUGCCAGCUGGGAGAAGGUCUGUUUUUAUACACUGUGAUCGAGAGUGUUUCUCUGCAGCACCCCCCCCCUCCGUUUUAUAUAAUUAUGGUUCGUAGAUCGGGGGCUGUGUUAGCCUAAUGACAAGUGCCAGGCCGUGAUGCACGCAUGCUGUUCCUGCAUUUUCGUUAAUCAUUCACAUUAACUGAAGUUGAAACUUUAAAGCAUUCAGACAUUAGCUCUGUUUUGCCAGUCUAUAUGUACGUAAAGUGUGAUCACAAUAGCUCUCUUAAAUAUGACCCAGUGUCAAUAAAAAAUCCGUACAAAGUUGAAUUGCUUAUAGGGACUUAGCCUUAGAAGAAAUCGGACAAAUUUAUAAUAUUUUUUACUGAUGGGUUGCCCAGUAAAAAAUAGGCUUUUUUUGGCCAAGGUGAUGGUGUCACGCGCCAUGCACGGACAUCUCCUACCACCCUCUCCCCAUUACAUCAUUGCACGUGACGUCAUCUUGUCGUGUGUCUCGGAACAGAACAUCAUCACUUAACACGUCUGGGAAUUGGUUACAGAUUCCACGCACGUGUGAUGAUUUUUCCUCCUUGGUUUGCG